GCAUACCUGAGGGGUGGGAGUAGCUCCAGAGAAGGAACUGUGCAGGUCCGCUACCAAAACGCAUAUGGGACUGUAUGCGACGAUGGGUUUGAUUCCGCGGAUGCGGACGUAGUUUGCAGGAUGCUCGGUUAUACCUUCGCUGAGUCCUUUUCAUGCUGUGCAGCAUUUGGAGAAGGAAUAGGUGAUAUUCUUGUCGACGAUCUCCAGUGCACGGGAGACGAGGUGACUAUUGGACAUUGCGAUCAGAGGCCAUUUGGAAACCACGACUGUGGACAUAGUGAAGAUGCAGGAGUCACGUGCAUUAGUCUGCCGGUCCGCCUUGUCGACGGGAAUGCAACUAACGAAGGUCGUGUCGAGGUAUACUAUCUCAAUUCUUGGGGUACUAUCUGCGACGAUUCUUGGGAUAUCGAUGAUGCAAGGGUCGUCUGUCGAAUGCUUGGGUAUCCAGGUGUCUCUUCUGCAUUGGUCCGUUUCGGAGAGGCCACUGGGGACAUUAUCCUCAACGAUGUGGAAUGCUACGGAUCAGAAACACAUCUUGCACAUUGUAAUCACAGUGGUUAUGAGAUCCACAACUGCGGACAUUCUGAAGACGUGGGGGUCAAAUGCAGCGGAGAAGCCGAUCUAAAGAUUCGCCUAGUAGACGGUCCUGAUGAAUUUCAAGGUCGUCUUGAAAUGUUUUAUUUCGGAUCAUGGGGUACUGUGUGUCAAUUCGGAUGGACUAUGCUCGACUCGGAAGUGGUUUGCAGAAUGCUAGGAAAUGUGGGUGCUUUAGCAUAUUCAUCUUAUUCAUCAUAUGGACGAGGGACUGGAGAAAUCAUUUUACGUCAACCUAGAUGCUCAGGAGAAGAAUCGAGUCUCUUGGAAUGUAAUCGAGCUUAUGAUCUUGGUGUCACCUAUUGUGAACAUACAUAUGAAAUAGGAGUGUCAUGCUUAAAAUGGGAUGAUCUGCAAGUUCGCUUGGUCAAUGGAAGUUCUGACAAAGAAGGUCGAGUAGAGAUUCUUUACCUUAGUACGUGGGGGACAGUGUGCGAUGACAACUGGGAUCUCAAUGAUGCAAACGUAGUAUGCAGAAUGUUGGGUUUCGAAAGGGCAGAAAGCUACUCCUGUUGUGCUGCCUUUGGACCAGGAACUGGACCAAUACUCCUUGAUGAAGUUGAAUGCGAAGGCAUCGAAUCCAACAUAGGCCAUUGUCUAAGAAGUGAUUAUGAGAUCCACAACUGUGGCCACUCCGAAGAUGUAGGAGUAUCGUGCUUUGAAUUUGAAGUGACUGAAGCAACGUCUUCAACCAUGACCAUGUCAUCGACCAUGACCAUGUCAUCAACCAUGACCAUGUCAUCGACCAUGACCAUGUCAUCAACCAUGACCUUGUCAUCUGGCAAUCAAAUCGGUCUACCCAAGGCUGCAACAUAUGGUUUAUUCGGAUUCUUAAUCGUCUUGGUAAUUUGUAUCCUCCUGGUAUGUAUCAUCGUGACGUUAAGAAUGCAGAAAUACAGGCGAUUAAUAAAGGAAUACAGCAGAAGUAAGGUAGCCGAUAAGAUUUCUGCUCCAGCAACUCAGAACUGUUACAACGGACCACAGUCCGAUGGGGAAGCGUAUAUGGAACUUAACAUUCACCCAGGUUCGCGAACUCAUCAAGGAGAAUCUUCAAGCAAUCGGGAUGGAUUAUACGAUACACCACGACCUGUUGUCAAUGACAACAAACUUUACGAAAAUGUUCGAAUAUAGAUUUAUUAGAUUGAUCCCAUUCAUAAUAACCUAUUCCCAGUGCGUCGAAAUAAUUUAAACGUGAAUAUAAGAACCCAUAUAGUUGGUACAUUAUCAAAUGUCUUUUUAGAAUCAAGCAGAUUAAUCAUAUCGGGUAUACUGAACUCUACGGCCCAACAUGCCAGAAUUCAUGAAAUAUUUUUAAACCAGGUGGCAUGGCACAGUCAUGAACAAGUAUGCGGAUUCAUCGUACACUGUGAAAAACAUGGCGACUUGCCGCACUACGUUUCACUGUAUAAAUGUAAUAAUUUGUGGGUUUUAAAAUACUCUGACUGUUAAGUUUAGUCUUUGGUAUUUUUAACGUUUGUAUUUUCACCGUAAAAUUUGACCGGAAAUAUUACUGAUUCACUGUAACAUAGGACGUUGGUAGCUCAUAAUAUACGAGUAAUGUGCCCCCCCCCCCCCUCGGGAUAAAGGUACUACUAUUUUUGUAUUGAUCUUCUAAAUAAACUUGAAAAUUUGAUGAUAUUUACUCAGUUUUUGAAGGAGUAUGAAGAUUUAUACUUAAGGUUGUGAUUUCGUAAUGAGUCUAGUAGCAGAGCCCCAAAUAUCUUCAAUGUGUUAUUUUACCUGACUUCCAAUGUGGCGAACUUCAAAAUUCCACAGGAACAAAAAAAAUAAGAAAUAAAUAAAUAAGCCCACGACGCAAUUAUAGCAAAACCAUGUUUUAGCAUAGUUUCAAAACUUGAAAAGCAUUAUUUUGACAAUAUAGCUAUAAAAUACACAUACAUUUUAGAAACAGGACGAAAUUUAUGUUAGAUUAGACUGAAGCACGGUCAUUAUAAUUUAAUUGUUAAAAAUACGGCAUUUUUACGGCCAGAAUGUGGUUAAAUUGCAGUAUUGUCAUCUUGUGGCCCACUAGAUUACUCUCCUGGCUUAAUUUCCUUCAGCAAGACAUUUAUCCACAUAUUACCACACUCAACCCAGGUGAGGUAAAUGAGUACCUGACAGGACUUUAAAACGUUGAGCUUUUUUAACCGACCAUAUAGAUGUAAAAGAAAAGCAAGUUGGUUAUUUUCUUCAAACAUAUUGAAGCAUUUAUAUGCAUAGUCAUUUUUGUUUCUGUUUCUGUUGAUACCUUCAAUUGUGUAUUUUUUUUAAUUGUCUCUUGUCCUUUUAUUUUUACAUUGUAAUCCAUGUCAUGAAAAAGGGUGGGAACUGCGAUUGGCUCUUGGCACUUAUAUGCAGUUUCCCAUUUGAGUUUCAUGUCACUUUUGGUUGAGAAUAUUGUUCAAUGGAGAAUGAAUAAAUGCAAAUUGUAUUAAUUUGAAUACGUUCAGUUUUCUGUACUAAAGCAUUUUGUUAUCAUUUACACAUUAUUGUCAAUUAUUUCCUGUUGCAAAUAUCAUUUUACUUUACAUUGUACGUGUUUAUUUUUUCAGGUUUCCUUUACCUUGUAUGUACCAUUUUGUGUAAGUUGCCUGCGAAGGUUAAGUUUAUCUGUUAAUUUAGCAAUAAUUUAAAAGGUAGAAGUCUUUGAUAUUUUUGAACACCUAUUCAGUUCUAAAAUUAUUUCCUUUUGCCCAGGGUUUUUAAAGGUUGUAUUUACUACUUUGUUCGAAUUGAUUUAUGUUGAUUUAUAGCAUUUGCGCGUUGGCAUUUUAUCAUGAUUAAAAGUCACACUUAACUGCUUGAGAAACCCCAGAUAUAAAAAGUGAUUAGUAAACUAGAUUUACAAAGCCUUUUACUGUGGAUUAGUAUUGAUAAAUCUGUAUCAUAGUAACUUUUGUAAUGAAAGAAGGCAAAAUCCAGACUGGUAUGUGGCCUCUGAGUUUAUUCCAAGAAAACCAACAGCCUCGCUACGGAACACAAAGAUGAAAAUACAUUGUAAAUACAAAACAAAUUAAAUGACUCGGCUGCAAUAAUUCAAAUUUCCACAUCAUCGUUUAAAAUUGUUUCUAUAAAAAAGGUUAUAACACAAAUAUACAAUAUGGUUAUACGUCACAAAAUGCCAUGUAUUUAUACCAGUAUUCAUUCACACAUGAUGGUCUACCAAAUGUGUAUACAUGUAUAUUUAAAAUAUAGCCCAUGAUCAACUAGAAUUAUAAAUAUAACAAUUUAAAAUAAUUCCUAAAGACAUUACAUAGCAAGUUGGUUAUUUCCUUUUAAAAAAUGAAGCAUUUAUAUAUGCAAAGUCAUUUUUGUUGCUGUUUUUUGUUGAUAUCUUGAAUUGUGUAUUUUUUAAUGUCUCUUGUCCUAUUAUUUUUACAUUUUAAUCAAUGUCAUGCAACGUUGUGGGAACUGCAGUUGCCUCUUGGUAUUUUUAUGCAGUUCCCCAUUUGAUUGUCAUUUUCACUUUUGCUUGAGAAUAUUGUUCAAUGGAGAAUGAAAUAAAUGCAAAUUGUAUUAAAUUGAA